GAGGAGCACACCUACACAGAUAUGCGGCUGGAUUACAGGGGAAAUCACUAAAAGAACAUCUGGGCACUUUUUGGAGGGAUUAACUGAUAUUCAACAACCAACUCUGUUCAGGGGAUAGUGUUUUUUUCCUCCAAUUUACAGGCGUGAAAACGAAACGCAUGGCUUUCUUUUAGCCUAACAGGUAUACCUGGAUACCCCAAUAUCGCGCGACUAUAGUGACAUUCUACCACCCAGUGCAGAAUGUCAAAAUCAUCCGAUCAGUUUGACGGCGCUGAUUGUGUCUGUUCUUUUGGGAUGAAGUUAACAUGGGAUAUCAACGACCCCAAAUUGCCACAGGACACGAAACAAUACGACGCUUUCCAAGAAUGGACGGAUGGCUAUGUUCGCUACAUAUACAGUGCCGAGGACAAGAACGCGCAACGACAUUUGAGUGGCUGGGCUAUGAGGAACACCAACAAUCACAACUGUCAGAUUCUCAAGAAGUCUUGCCUGGGCGUUGUUGUCUGUGCCAGAAACUGCACACUUACAGACGGAAGCAAACUCCAACUCAGACCAGCAAUUUGCGACAAGGCACGCCAAAAACAACAGAAAAAGCUCUGUCCCAGCUGUAAUUCAGCCCUCGAGCUGGUACCUUGUCGAGGACACAGCGGAUACCCUGUCACAAAUUUUUGGAGAGUCGAUGGAAAAGCCAUAUUUUUUCAGGCGAAAGGAGUCCAUGACCACCCAAGGCCUGAGAGCAAAUCUGAGACAGAGGCCAGGAGAAGCGCGGUAAAGAGGAGAAUGUCCUCUCCACACUACUCUCAGAAGAGGAGGCUGUUGGACUCAGAGACAGGAAGAUACCAUGACACGGGGGGACCCUUCCCUGGAUUGCACCACUUGUCCUGCAUGGAGGGCUCCGACAGGUUCAGCAUCAUCGCCGAGUCCAACAUCCCCAUCCAGCACUACCCCACCUUUCAGAACGCGGAGCCCUACAAGUUCGCCUACGACUCCCCUAGCCCUGUGGGCGAGGCCGCCUCCACGCUGCAGAAGCCUGCCAAUCACCGGCUGUACAUGCCGCGCCCGCCCUGCAGCUACGACUUCGCCGUGCCGGGCUACCUGGGCUCCGGCUCUUACGCCGCUCUCUACAAGGACACCAUCAGCCCCCAGCCCGACACCGACGCGGCCAAGGUGUGCGUGGGCCUGAGCGGGCCGCAGCACAGUGUCAGCCCCCUGAACGUGCACGACCGCGGCUACGACGCUUCCGGAAAACACCACAGCUGGAAGCAGAUACACGGCAAAGGCGCCUACGGGGACCGGGCCGAUUACGGACAAAUCCCCACCAACUCCAACCACCAUUACUACAACAGCGAGUACCCCUGCCGGUACACUGGCCCAGCCCCCACCACUCCUGCAGCUUUACAGACCAUCAUAACCACCACCACUAAGGUGUCCUAUCAGCCCUGCAAGCCCUCUGUGGUUAAAUACAGUGACAACCUCUAUGAUGUCAAGAGUCUUCCCAGCUGCAACUCUCUGCUGGAAGGGGGAUCGCCCCCCUCUUACCCUGAAAUAAAGGUUCCAGAAGAUUCUGGGGUUAUCAAAUCAGCUUUAGCAUAUCAGCAAGAGGUGCUGCCAGCCAAACCUGAAAGAGCAGAGAACCUCGACACCUACCGGUAUGGCAGUUACUCCUCCAAUAAUUACCCGGAGCGGAUCGCUCACCCAUAUAGAUUUGAGAACGGAGAGUUCUGACCUCUUACUGCCUCAACAGGAAAUACAUAAACAAAAGACUUGAUAAAAGCUUCACUGUCAUUAGCUCUUGUCAACAGGUGGACUGAUUUUUUUUCUUCAUAUUUUUCAAAUUAGAAAAAACAGCUUUUGCCAUAUUUUAUUGUUGUUGUAAAUAGUUUUUAUUUAUACAUGAAAGCUGGUAAAUGUUUGGAAAAGAAGUGAUAUUUAAGCAUCCAUAUUUUAUUGAAAAAUGUGCAUGUGAGACCUUUCAUAUUCUGAAAUUCAUGCUAGUUUUAUCGCCACAGAAAUUAGAUAGGUUACUAGUUCCUGAUAGUCAAUAUUUAUGCAUUUCAUCCUUUUAUUGUAAUUAUUGCAAUUUCCAGUGUGUUAGUCUUUUAAAGGCUCCCGUGUGGUAUAUAAGCAUCAAAACACUGAAAUUAUGUAAAUAAAACGUGUUAAAAGUAUUGAAAGAUAACCAACGCAUUUUGAUGUCUUUUUGGUAAAAGAGGCAAAUGCCUAUUUUGUGUCCUUGGUUUAAAACCCAAUAUGGCUGUGCAAAAAUAUGUCAGUCAACUUUCAAGCAGUUUAUAUGUGACAUUAAACAUAUUAUACCUAAUUGUCA